GGUAGCGCUCCUGGACCGCAACCCCGAGGCCGGGCAGCAGAGCAAGGCGGCCCUGGACGAACAGUUCGAAGCUCAGAGGACGGUGUUCAUCCAGUGCGACGUUACGGACACGGAGCAACUGAAAGACAUCUGUGAUUAGAGGAACCUACCUUGGUCUAGAAUAUAUGAGAAAAGGAAAUGGAGGUGAUGGAGGAGUAAUCAUUAAUAUCUCAUCAUUGGCAGGACUCAUGCCUGCUGCAUUCCAACCUGUGUACUGUGCUACAAAGCAUGGUGUAAUUGGAUUUACACGCUCAAUAGCAUUAGCUGCUAACAUGGAAAACUAUGGUGUGAGACUCAAUACAAUCUGUCCGGGAUUUGUCAACACACCAAUUCUUCAAUCAAUAGAUAAAGAAGAGAAUAUGGGACAAUAUUAUUCAUAUAAGGAUGAGAUAAAAAAUAUGAUGCAGUUCUACGGUGUGAUGGACCCAUCAAUAAUUGCUGAAGGACUGAUAACAAUAAUUGAAGAUGAUACUCUGAAUGGAGAAGUUAUGAAGAUUACAGCAUCCCAAGGGAUUCAUUUUCAAGAAUACAGCCAAACACCUUAUACGUCAAAGAGAUAAAUCAAAUUGUUUUACUCUAAUUAACUUUUGAUUUUUAAAAUAUAAAAAAUUUUGGAUAAACUUUUGGAAAAAAGGUUAAUGAUAUAUCAAAAUCAGUGACAGUAUUCCAACAUUCACACCCUAAUUGCAGAGAUGGAGAAGAAAAUCCAAUAUGGGGAAAAUGUUGUCAACUUCUUUUGAUUCCAUAUACACUAGUAUAUUUUAUUCAAUAGAAUAUACACACUGCUAUGAAGAUUUCUGAUUGUAUAGUAACAAGGGCCAGUUUUUUCCUUCUUGUAGCUC